CCCAAACUCGUUUCCGCAAAAUGAUAAUAGAAACAGUCAGAGAGCUUUUCCAAGAAACUGAGUCUUUGUUGCUACCUUAUUACGUCGAUCCGAAGAACAUCAAAUAUCAGCAGGAGCUGGGGUUCCAAUCAACUACGGUAAGAACGAUCUGGUAACAAUAUUGUCCCGCUAAACGAUGAACACACGGCAGGCCUAGAUCUUCAAACCGUUUCAAGAUAAGAUAAGAUUUUAUUGUAACCUAUCACUAUGAACGUUGAUGAAGCGUCCGUAUCACCCUCAGUUCAAAUAACCCCGAAAGAAGCCAGAAACAUACCUGGACCACAAAUAGGACAGACACCACCUACAAAUCAGCGGAGACCUCAGAAUCAUGAGGGUAUAAUAACCUACGAUAGACAAUUUUUACUAAAAUUACAAUUUAGUAAAUACUCUGUCUCUAGACCACAAGGAUUACAAAAUUUUCCUGACAUCGUUCUAGACAAGCCUGCAAUAUGGUCAUCUGCUAACAGAAAUGACAUAAGUAAUACUGUACCAGAAUUUACUCCAGCUUUCUUCCAAAGAAUGUAUCCACGGGUAAGUAUCAACAUGCUUUUAUUUCUAUGCUACAAAUGAUGAUGAUGAUGAUUAUGGUGAUAAUGCUGAUGACGACGACAAUAAUGAUGAUGAUGGCGAUAAUGAUGAUGGUGGCGAUAAUUAUGGGGAUGAUGAUGGUGAUAAUGAUGGCGAUGAUGAUGAUGAUGAUGUUGACAAUGAUGAUGAUGAUGAUGGCGAUAAUGAUGAUGGUGAUGAUGAUGAAAUGAUGAUGAUGGUGAUGAUGAUGAAAUGAUGAUGAUGGAUGGUGAUAAUGACAACGAUGAUGAUGAUGAUGAUAAUGAUGGCGAUGCUGCUGCUGAUGACGACGAUAAUGAUGAUGAUGAUAUAUAAUAAUAAAGCUUUUUCCAUUUCAACCUACUCUACUGUCAUCUGCUGAAAAAAAUGUAUCCGAUUUUACUCCAGAUUCCUUCCAAGCAAUGUCUGGAAGGCCCGGCUCUAGUCAAAUGAUCGAGAACAGAAACAGUCAACAAGGACCUGGAAAUGAUGGACCCAGGAAAAUUAUUGGACUACAUGAAGCUGAAAAUGCUUGGCCACCAGGUAGAAAGGUGGAAGCAGUUAGAAGUGAUGUAACUGUAGCCAGAACACAGACACAGCCCAGAGAAGUUUAUAGAAGACCUAGAGAAAUGGAACGUAGGCCUCCCUUGAAACCUAGAGAAAUGGAACGUAGGCCUCCCUUAAAACCUAGAAACAUGGAACACCGGCCUCCCUUAAAACCACCAGGUCUACCACAACUGGAUCAAGAUGGUUUAAAAGUAAAAUGGGAACAAUUUGAGCAGGAGUUUGACCAGUAUUUAGAGGAUUAUGGUUUAGAGGCCACGGACGACGCUAUCAAGUGUGCAUUGUUACGUCAAUGUAUUGGAAAAGAGAAUAUGUAUGUUUAUGAUUCGUUUUAUUUCGAGAAAGAAGAUGAUCGGUAUAUAUUACACGAAUUAAAGAAAAAAUUUAGUACUUAUUGUAAACGUCGAAUGGGAGGAGAUGGUGUACAGAAAGUUGACGAAAAUCGUAGUGAAGAUGCCAGACAAAAACUCCCAAAUAGAGGAGGACAACAACGGAACAAUCAAUAUUAUGAUGAUGGCUGGAAUACCACUGCUUCUAAACCUCUCCGUAACAUAGAUCUGUCAAAAAUGAAAAUUACCAAGACUACAGUAGAUGAGAACAUCCAGUUGGGACCUGGAGGAGGUUCAUCUCGAUUUGGUGUUUGGGGUCGUGAAAGUAGUGGUGGACGACAUAUAGGUUCCCUGGUUACAGCUCUUCCUGAAAAGAAUAUAACUGGAAGGACGACGCCCUCAUCUUCUAAUCCUGCCAGUAGAGAAAGUAGCCGAUCCCGAGAACCAAGAAUGGAUAAACCAGAAGCUGCUCCGGUUCCUGGUAUUUUAUCAGAAGAUGAAAUGGAAAAGAAAACUAAAACAAUUAUUGAUGAAUAUCUUCAUAUUAACAAUCUCAAGGAAGCUUUAAUGUGUGUUUCCGAGAUCAACAAUCCAGCAACUGUCCAUUUAUUUAUAGAAUUCUCUAUUAAUCAUGUGUUAGAAAGAUCGUCUAUAGCACGUCAACAAACCGGACAUCUUCAUCAUGAAUUAGUUAGCAAAAAAAUAAUCUCAGUUGAUUCCUACCUUAAAGGAUUGAAUAAGACCUUACAAAAAGCAGAAAAUAUGGAGAUGGAUAUUCCAAAGAUUUGGCUGUAUUUAGGGGAAUUGAUCGGUCCUAUGAUCCAAGAUGGAAGUGUACCAUUAAAUUUCCUGAAACAAGCGUGUGAACCUUUACAAGCCAGUGGCAAGUCUGGGGUGGUUGUGGCGGCUGUUCUGCAUGACGCUAGUCGAGGAUUGGGUUACAAGAAAGUUGCGUCUUUAUGGAAGAGUUCUGCAUUACAAUGGACCGAUUUUGUGGCUGCUGAAAAUGUUACAGAAUUUUUGGCUGAUAAAGAAUUAGAAUUUACAGUUGCAGCCGAUUCUCCUGUGGAUAAAGUGUCGUUUGAAACUAUUCAAGAACAAUUAUUAGUUCGUCUACGUGAUGUGAAUUUUGAUAAUGAACAUAUGUUUGAUUUGAUUGAGGCCAACAUCCCAGAUGAAUCUACGAAAAAUCCCAAGUUUAUUCGUACGUUGAUGAUUGCCGUCUGUAAAAGUGCCGUGUCUGAAGGGCCAAAUUAUAAAGUGAAUGAAAAUGUUAUUAAACAACGUCAGUCUUUAUUAGUAAAAUAUUUAGAUAGUCAACAAGAAUUUGAAAUACAGGCGUUAUAUGCUCUACAAGCUUUUGUUAACGAACUUCAACAUCCCGAAGGUGUGCUGAGAACAUUCUUUGAAACCUUGUACGACGAGGACAUUAUAUCUGAAGAUGCCUUUAAUCAGUGGUCUAAUAGUAAUGACCCCGCGGAACAGGAAGGAAAAGGAGUUGCCAUGAAACAAGUUUUUAAUUUCUUUGCCUGGCUAAAGGAAGGCGAACAGGACGAAAGUUGAGAACUUCCUCUUCAAAAUUUUGACUGUUAUACAAUUUUGAUAAUGUACUUAAUUUUUGCAAACCAUUUUUAAAUUUGUUUUAAUAAGCCCACUUUUAAUUUGGACAUCUUAUGUGUGACAAGGAGUAAGGUCAUCCGUCCACAUGCUAAAGACCCCUACCCACAACAAAUUAUUAAAAUAAAGUUGAACUUGCCUGGGACCCUUUAUUAUUGAAAUAAAAUAGAACCAUAUGUUAGUCCCAAAAUGACCUGUGUUGGGUGGACGUAAAACCCCAUCACUUUCAUCUGUCAGUCUUUUGAUACAGGUGAGAGUUCUUGUCAGAUUUAGCAGAGAUUAUACAUUUCUUGGAAAAGAAGAAUCCUAUUGAAAUUCAAAAUAUGUCUGAGUACCGGUUUCCAAGUUAUCUUCGAAAUUAUGUUAGACAUAUGAAAUCUGGUGAACAUAAUACAGUACAAUGUUAAUAAUACAGUUAUUUAAAACUUGUUCAGUAUGGUGUUAGGAAGAACUCUAAUCAAUAUUGACCUUACAUGUAUCGAUUGUUCCUUUAACCUAUGUAUCUGUGAUUAUAGUUUUAUCGAGUGAGUGGUCCUUUAACCUAAGCAUCUGUGAUUAUGGUUUUAUCUAGUGAGUGUGCCUUUAACUUAAAUAUCUGUGAUUAUAGUUUUAUCUAGUGAGUGUGCCUUUAACUUUGUGGUAUAUCCCAAUAGUUGUAACUUUUGUAUUUGCUUGUUAAUUACCAAUAACAACUCACAGGUUAUCUAUCUCUUGUGCCUGCAAAAACAGAGUUGUAUAAUAUAGUAGGCAACCAAUCAUUUACCUUUCAUCAUUAGAUUUACAACAUAGAGAUCAAGUCUCUCAAAACACCACAAUAGGUUCAACAGCACGAAAUGGCAUUAACUCCAGAACACAGACCACGUGGGUCAAAAAGAAACUUCCGACAAACUUUGAGUUCUGUACGAAGUGCUAAGUUCUGCCCCUCGGACUAGUCUGGUCCGGCUUAUAUAGAUUUUAGGAAAUUCUAAAACAUUCCAAAUUGUUCUAGAACCCUUUAGAACAAUUAUUUCUAAACACUUUCCUGAAUUCCAUGGUUUCUAGCACUUUCCAAAUGAACGAUAGAUUUCGGUGACUUAUCAUGACCUCAUCACACUAGUAAAAGACCUAAACGGUCAACCAUCUACAAAAUGAUGAUGUGGAGAGUGCCAAAUGCGGUCUCAUAUCCAUAAUUUUCUUUUGAAAACAUGUUUAACCCGCCAUUUGAUUUGGCAAAAACAGUGUGCACCUUUGUGCAACAUGCUUUCAAAACAAAAACAAAAAUAAUAACAAUAAUCAACAAUUCGAAGACCUCUGUACUUUAAGUUCAAGCUACUAUGCGAUAUUCAGAACUUUGGUUUAUAUUCUUCUUUAUAAAUGUACAUCUCAUCUCUACUCUUUAUGUCAUUAUUAUCCACUUUUUAUAUGUUUUUGGAGGUCGGGUGUUCGAUCCCUGCAUUGGCCGAGAAAGUUCAUCCAGAUUUUCCGGGGUGGUUCUCCCUUGUCAGUGAUGCAGGACGGAGGGGCUGGCAAGGAAAGCUGUCUAGUCGUUCGGAUGGGACGAAAAACCGAGGUCCAGUGUACACAUUGGCGUGCACGUAAAAGAUCCCUUGGCAGUUUGAAUUCGAUAUAAGAGUAGGCCGUAGUGCCGCUGUCCGGGCAAAAUUUCCCUCAUAGCACACUGUAUGGCGUAUGCCCGUCUUCAUUAGCCCAGGUUAGGAGCAGAACAGUAGGACGUUAAACCCCAUUUCAUUUCAUUUCAUUUCAUUUAUAUGUUUUUCAUUCUUUUUAAUUUUUUUCAUUCACUUUUUAUGUAUUCAUGUUUUUAUGCAUAAUAUGUAUUAUUUACAUGCUGCCCGAAAUGGGUGUUUUAUGAAAUAAAAUCUAUCUAUGUG